CGCGCGCGCACAGUGGAAGGCUCGGUUCGGUCGUGUCGUACGUUGCGUUUGCGGUCCGCGAUCCGGCCCUAGCGCCGCGGUUAUCAAUUUAAAAAUUAAAAUAUGUUCCUUCUGUAAAUUCUCUAUAUUGUUUUAUUGUUUGCAAUUGUUUUUAAACGUGAAAGACAAUGGUUAGUGGAAACAAAAGCCCGAACGAUCCGACGAAGGUGCCGCCGAAGAAUCGAGAAAAGAAAAGCAACAAUUAUAUUAGGGCUAAUGUUAUAUCGAAGACAUGGUUCGUGUGGAUGAUGCCCACGUUCUGGAGAGGGUAUAAGCGGGACCUGUAUGAUGCGGACCUCACUAGGCCAAAGGAAAAUCACCAUUCGGACAAAUUAGGUGAUCGGCUCGAGAAGAAAUGGUUUGAAGAAAUCGCCUUAGCCAACAAGCAAGGACGGAAGCCAUCCCUCCUCCGCGCUAUGACCAAGACAUUCUGGCUGAGCUAUGCACCUUCCGGCGUCAUGUUCCUGAUACAGGCGCUCAUCCUCAAACCAUUUCAACCCGUGGCGUUGAGUAUGUUGUUGGCAUACUGGGAACCAGGAUCAUCUAUGACAUAUGAACAGGCGAUUUACUGCGCGUCAGCUGUCAUCAUUAUGUCAUUAUUAAUUGCAUUUCUGAACCAUCACGGCACCUACUCUACUCAACAAUUCGGAAUGAAAGUGCGCAUAGCGGCUUGCUCACUCAUUUACAGAAAGGUGAUGCGAAUGAGCUCUGGUGCCUUAGCCCAAACGACAGCCGGUCAAGUGGUGAAUCUCUUAUCGAACGACGUGAACCGCUUCGACUAUGCCUUCAUAUACACACACUUCAUCUGGCUUCUACCACUGCAAGUUGUUCUCGUCUGUUACCUUAUUUAUCUGAAGAUCGGAUAUGCUGCAAUUGUUGGUGUCAUUGGGAUUGUAUUGCAGACAAUUCCUGUUCAAUCUUACAUGAGUAAAUUAGCCGCUCGUUUGAGAAUGAAAACUGCAUGCAAAACUGACGAGCGUGUACGAAUCAUGGACGAAAUCAUCAACGGAAUGCAGGUCAUCAAAAUGUAUGCGUGGGAGAAACCGUUCGAGCAAGUCGUAGCUUUGGCCCGGAAGAACGAGAUCAAUAGCGUCACAUCUGCAUCAUACCUUCGCGGGGUCUACCUCAGCUUUAUGGUCUUCACCGAAAGACUAACCCUCUACAUUACCCUCCUGUCCUACUCCCUAUUCGGUUUCCAAGUCACCGCUGACAUCGUAUUUCCUCUGGCACAAUUCUACAAUACACUACAAGGCACUCUAUCGAUAAUUAUGUCAAACGCUGUAUCGUUCUUGGCAGAGGCGCUGAUUUCAGUCCAGCGCCUUGAGGCGUUCAUGCUUCUGGAUGAAAGAGAAGAUUUACGUAGCGUUGCGGGUGUGGAUAUCGCGAAACUAGUCCAAAAGGUGGAAAACAAGAAAAUGAAAACGCUGAGUGAACUGGAUCUAUGCGCGAACACUUUCAAGAAAAUUGACGAAGAUGGUAUUUACAAUCCAGGUUUUGAUUCCAAUGAGAGGGGACUGGUGUCUCAAUCAAGCUUGGUACCAGCCAAUUCGGAUAUCGGCAUACAAAUGCAGGACGUCUGCGCAAAUUGGAUAGAAGGCACUGUAACAUUACGAAACAUCAACAUAAGCAUCCCGAAAGGAAAACUCUGCGCCAUCAUCGGCUCUGUUGGAGCUGGAAAGAGUUCCAUCCUGCAACUGCUGCUAAAUGAAUUACGUACAACCAGCGGUCGCGUGUAUCUUUCUGGUCCUCUAUCGUAUGCCUGCCAGGAGCCAUGGUUGUUCGUUGCUACCGUCCGACAAAACAUUUUGUUUGGACUACCCUACAAUGCGAAAAAAUAUAAAGAGGUUGUACGAGUGUGUGCUCUUCAGAAAGACUUCCAACAGUUCCCUCACGGAGACCAGACCCUGGUUGGGGAGAGGGGUGCCUCUCUGUCUGGAGGUCAAAGAGCUCGUAUCAACUUGGCGAGGGCUGUGUAUAGACAAGCUGAUAUCUAUCUCUUAGAUGACCCGCUAUCCGCUGUCGAUGCACACGUUGGCCGUCAGCUAUUCGACGAAUGCAUCAAUGGCUACCUCCGUCACACCACGAGAAUUCUGGUCACUCAUCAGCUGCAUUAUCUCAAAGCUGCCGAUUACAUCGUCAUUAUGAAUAAUGGAUCUAUUGAUGCAAAGGGAACAUACGGUGAACUAAUGCACUCCGGAAAAGAUUUCGCGAAGUUGCUGUCCUCUGUCCAAGAAGAUGAUAAGCCGGAAGUGGAGAAGCCCCCACCGAUGUCCCGAAGGACUUCGGCCAGAUUAUCAACAACAAGACGGCCAUCUUUGGCUGAGUCUACCACCGAAAUGCCAGCGCAAGAGAUGGAAGAGGAAGAAAGAGAAUCUGGUUCGAUGGGUUGGCAGGUGUACGGGGCCUACCUUCGAGCUGGUGGCAAAACAGGCAGACUCCUCUUCAUGGUUAUCCUUCUGCUGAUUGGUCAAUUGUCAGCAACGUUUUGCGACUACUGGGUGACAGUUUGGACAAACGAAGUGACGCGCCAAAAAGAAAGAGAGUCGAAUGGAACCAAUGACUACUCCACCGUCGUGGUACCACCAAACAGCACCUUUACUUUCACGAGUUAUUUCACAGGAAUCGAAGCUGAACCAAAUCUGGACAUCCACGCUUACAUAGGACCUUUGGACACCUCACAGUACCUAUAUAUUUACACGGCAUUGAUAAUUUGCUGCAUCUUCUUCAUAACGGCCAGAGCGUUCAUGUUCUUCAAAGUGUGCAUGACAUCAUCAAGAAACCUUCACAACGACAUGUUCCAUUCCAUGCUGCGUGGUGUCAUGCGGUUCUUUGACACUAAUUCAUCAGGACGAAUCCUCAACCGUUUCUCAAAGGACAUCGGUGCUUUAGACGAGUUGUUACCACGUUUCCUUUUGGAGUGCAUUCAAAUCUACCUCGUGAUGUUCAGUAUAUUGGCUUUGAAUGCUGCUGCACUGGUCUGGACGCUUCUGCCAACCACAAUCAUUCUCCUUCUCUUCUAUACUAUUCUGCAAAUCUAUUUGAAGUCGGCGCAGUCUAUUAAGCGAUUGGAAGGGACAACACGUAGUCCAGUAUUCUCUCACAUGUCAGCUACCCUGAACGGUAUCAGUACCAUCAGGUCAUCAGGCGCUCAACAAAGGCUGAUACAAGAAUUCGAUAGGUUCCAGGAUAUCCACACGUCCACAUGGAGUAGUUAUCUCGCGAGUGGCGUCACGCUUGGCUUCUGGUUGGAUUUCAUUUGUGUCAUCUAUUUGGCCAUUGUCAUUGUAGCGUUCCUAGUCAUUGACAGCAAAACCAUAUUCUCUGGCAACGUGGGUUUGGCAAUAUCACAGACCCUUAUCCUAACCGGAAUGCUUCAAUUUGGUGUCCGUCAGACCGCUGAAGUUAUAUCACAGAUGACAAGUGUUGAGCGAAUUCUACAAUACACGCAUAUUGAGAGGGAACCACAAUGGGACAAAGGAACACAAGAAACACCAAAGGACUGGCCAUCUCGAGGUCGUAUUCAAUUUAGAAAUUGUUUCAUGAAAUACACACCCGAAGAUUUGCCAAUUUUGAAGAAUUUGAAUUUGGUACUAGAGAGCGGUUGGAAGGUGGGCAUCGUUGGACGAACGGGUGCUGGUAAAUCGUCUUUGAUAUCAUCUUUGUUCCGCCUUGCGAUUGUUGAAGGCGAAAUUUUAAUCGAUGACGUGGACACUGGAAACUUAGCCCUGCAGGAGCUGCGAUCCAAAAUUUCUAUCAUCCCUCAAGAACCAGUUCUGUUUUCGGCAACGAUUCGAUACAACUUGGAUCCAUUCAAUUGUUACGAUGAUGAGCGUUUAUGGCGGGCUUUGGAAGCUGUUGACCUGAAAGCUGCAAUUCCAUCAUUGGACUUCAAGGUGUCAGAAGGUGGAUCGAACUUCUCACUCGGUCAGAGACAAUUGGUUUGCCUCGCGCGAGCCAUUUUGCGAGGGAACAGAAUCCUCGUACUCGACGAGGCUACAGCUAAUGUUGAUCCAAAGACCGACGAAUUCAUACAGAAGACGAUUAGGAAAAAGUUCGCAGACUGCACAGUAUUAACUGUCGCUCAUCGACUUAAUACCAUAAUGGACUCCGACCGCGUCAUGGUGAUGGACGCAGGACGACUUGUAGAAUUUGACUAUCCGUACAAACUAUUGUGCAACCCCGAAGGACAUUUUGCAAAAAUGGUUAAAGAAACCAGUGACAAAAUGUCCGCUCAAUUAUUCGAAAUAGCAAAGAACACAUUCCUAAACAGUGGUGGAGUUAUAGAAUAGGUACUUAUUCUUGAAUGUUAACUGCAUAUUGUUGCCAUGUUUAGUAUGAGUUGAUAGAAAAACCUUUUUUUUUGAAGUUUUUAUAACCUCGAAUCCUUCAGUUUAAUGCCAAAAAGUAAAGAGUUUAAAAAGAAAAACAUGGCGGAUCUUGUUUCGCGCGCUUUUAUUAAUUGACUGUUAUUUGGUUGGAUUUAGAGACAUUUUUACUCUUUACCACGUUGUUUCUUUUAUUGUAUUUAAAUGUAUCGAUAUCUUAAGCAAUUAAAUUCAAAUUAAUUUGCGUCUCGGCAAAUUAUUGCAUUAUUUUAUAUUAAUCAAUAUAAUUUUCUUAAUAAUUAAAUCUUCACUAACUAAAUGUACACUAGACAAAUGACACCAUGUUUUUCAAGAUUUUAGAAAACUUUUAUGUAAAUUGUCAACUCAUACUAGACCAUAGAAUAGGAUAAUUUUAUGACGUUGUACAGUUUGCUUGAACAUAUAUUAAGUACAUAGUGUUAGAAGAAUAUAAGGAUCUAUAGCCCGUAUUCUAAUUCGCACAUCUCAAGUCACAAUCUUAUCUUGGUCAUUGUCUUCAUGUUAAAAAAGGGCAGCUUGUUUAGAUUUAAGUUUCAUCAAUGUCUAUCUAGAAUACGGGCUUAGGAUCCCGUAUCCAAAGUUUUUUCAAAGUUUCGAUCGGUUCUAUAUACAAUAUAGAUAAAAGAUAUCUUCAUCCAUUUUUCGUUUAAUAUAUUAAUAUAUCCGACAUUAUCAUUACCUUUAUCUUUAGACCCUUUUGAAAAAUAUUUUCUUUAUUCAAAUACUCGCAGUACCAGAUAAACAAACCAUCUUAUUUACACUUUCUGUACAUAUGACCAAACUUUACAUGUAAAACUUUAAAAAAAAAUUAGAUCAAUCUGCCUCUUGAGACGAACCACUCUUCAAUGGUCGUGACAAUACGGUGUGAGAAAUUCGUAAUAAUUUGAUUAGGGUCACGCCUGCUGUAAAGUCAUUUUGUCUAGGGCUUACAAACGACAUUGACACAGAGACAAUUCUUCAUUUUUAGCUAAGAUUCAUAGACAAGGCUGAAGGUGAAUUUACUCUGCCUUUUGUCUGUGACAGUUCACUCUUCAAAGUUGGAACUUGAAAAAUUUUUACUUGAAUCUGGCAUAAAGUUGAAGCUGUUGCCAUAAUAUUACAAAAAAAAAACAAAAACUUGAAAAAUCUUUGGAAACGGGCUAAUAUUGUGAUUAAUUAUUAAGAUAAUAUAAGUUACAUGGAUGAAAUCGAAAAUAAAUUGUGUUGUAUAUACUAGGCGGCUUUUAAAAUAGAUAUGUAGUUAUUAUUAUAUACCUGAUAACAAAUUAGGAAUCCCGCAUUUUUCUAUCCAAUUGGAAAAAUAUCGAUCCGUUAUGUAAACGGGGCGUUGAAGUAUUAAAGUAAUUAUUAUAAGCGACCAACAAUGUUUUUUAUUUAUUAUCUAUUAGAAUAAUAACUUAAUAAUUAUAAUGCCUAGAGAAUGAUUGCCAUAGAGAACUCAUGAAUAAAUUUUAAUCUUUAUAA